AUGGCUUCCCAAGUCACUCCCUCGAAGCAGGCUGCGUCUUCCCUCGAAAACCUCAAGAUGAACGAUUCCCCCAUGAAGAAGCUCGAUUUCCAGUCCGCUGGCAAAGAGAACACCCCCACUGCCUUCCAGGCUGCCGACAUGACUGUCACGAAGCCUAUGGAGAAGGCCGUGGAAGUCCCCAAGGUGGCUCCCGGUAUCAAGGAGAUGGAGGCCAGCGAGCCGCUUCUCCAGGAGAAUCCCCACCGUUUCGUUCUCUUCCCCAUCAAGUAUCAUGAGAUUUGGCAGAUGUACAAGAAGGCCGAGGCCUCGUUCUGGACCGCGGAGGAAAUCGAUCUGUCAAAGGAUCUGCACGACUGGCACAACCGCUUGAACGAUGAUGAGCGUUACUUCAUCUCCCACGUCUUGGCUUUCUUCGCCGCCUCCGAUGGCAUUGUCAACGAGAACUUGUUGGAGCGGUUCAGCGGUGAAGUUCAGGUCCCUGAGGCCCGCUGCUUCUACGGUUUCCAGAUCAUGAUGGAGAACAUUCACUCUGAGACUUACUCCCUCCUCAUCGACACCUACAUCAAGGAACCCAAGCAGCGCACCUAUCUCUUCGAUGCUAUUGACACCAUCCCCUGCAUCAGACGCAAGGCCGAUUGGGCCAUGAAGUGGAUCUCUGACCGCGAAUCCACCUUUGCGCAGCGUCUCGUCGCCUUUGCCGCCGUUGAGGGCAUCUUCUUCUCGGGCUCCUUUGCCUCUAUCUUCUGGCUCAAGAAGCGUGGUCUCAUGCCCGGUCUGACCUUCUCCAACGAGCUGAUCUCUCGUGAUGAGGGUCUCCACACCGACUUCGCCUGUCUGCUGUUUUCUCACCUGAACAACCGCCCCAGCAAGCAGGUUGUUGAGGAUGUCAUUGUUGAAGCUGUCGGUAUCGAGCAGGAGUUCCUCACCGAUGCCCUGCCCUGCGCCCUUUUGGGCAUGAACUCGAAGCUCAUGUGCCAGUACAUUGAGUUUGUGGCCGAUCGUCUGCUGGUUGCUCUUGGUAACAAGAAGUACUACAACGCCACCAACCCCUUCGACUUCAUGGAGUCCAUCUCGCUCGCUGGCAAGACCAACUUCUUCGAGAAGCGUGUCGGUGACUACCAAAAGGCCGGUGUCAUGGCCUCCACCAAGAAGGAGACUACCGCUUCAUCCGAUGGUGAGCAGACUCCCAAGGACAACAAUGGCCUCAGCUUCGACGAGGAUUUCUAG